GGCGAGCAGUGGCAGCGGGCUUUGGCGCUGCUGAGCGAGAUGCGGGAGUCGAAGCUGAAGCCCACUGCCAUCCAUCUACAACGCUGGGAUCAGCGCGUGCGAGAAGGGCGAGCAGUGGCAGCGGGCUCUGGCGCUGCUGAGCAAGAUGCGGGAUGUGAUGCUGGAGCCGGGCGUCGUUGUUUCUACAUGGCAGAGCCCCCUGCGUGCCAGAAGGGCCCUGUCCUGAGUGUCCCCUGGGGGCCUCUGGACAGCCGCUGGAGCCCGAGGAACGCCCUGAGAGCUUCUCCGAGCAGUCUGGAGGCUUGA